AUGGGGCUCAGAAAAACCGCCCAACAUUCGCAGUGUUACUUCUUUAAAGUACGACAACUCAGAGAUAAACGUUUCAAGAUGGAAAUGAUGAAGUGGAUAUUCGUUAUCUCCGGGCUUUUUCUCUGCACAAACGGCAACUCAUACAACUACUGUGAAGUGCUGGAAAGCUCUCUUCUAUUUUACGAAGCGCAGCGUUCCGGGGUAAUGACGGAAAAAACGAAGGAAAGACUUCCCUGGAAAAAAGACUCUGCAGUAAACGAUGUCGGGCAGAACGGAGAGGACCUGUCAGGGGGCUAUUAUGACGCUGGAGAUCAUCUGAAAAUUGUUCUGCCCAUGGCUCACACGUUGACCAUAGUAGCAUGGGGUUACCUGCGCUACCCGGAUGCAUACGACGCAUGCCGACAAACAGAAAACGUCAAAGAUAUGUUGCGAUGGGGGGCAGACUACUUGUUGAAAGUCUAUCCAGAAGUAAACGUCCUCUAUUUUCAGGUUGGUGACAUAAAUUUAGACCACUCAGUAUGGAUCAGAGCAGAAGAUAUGACGAUGGAUCGCCCAGCGCUUAAAGCUAACAUUGAAUACACAGCAUGCGACGUGGCUGCCGAGACUGCUGCCGCCCUGGCCGCCAUAAACAUAGUUUUUAAAGACGAUGACCCAGUAUAUGCACAUACCUGUCUUAGCAAAUCGGAAGAAUUGUACAACUAUGCCAUGAGCCAUUCGAAAGCCGGACUUGGUUCUGCUCCUGUGUACCAGAAUCCGGUCUACACUGAUGAAUUGGUGUGGGCUAUGCUUUGGUUGUAUAAAGCUACAGGCAUAGACAGCUACCUAUCGCAGGCAAUUCAGAGAUAUGAUGCAUACAAUAUCGCCCUGCCUAACUACGACUCCUUUUCUUGGAAAAACAAGAAUCCAGGUAUUGGGGUUAUGUUAGCUCGGAUCAUUGGUACAGAUAUUUCAUCGUCGUAUAAAGUAGAUGUUAAGGUAUUCGUAAACAGGUGGUUGUACGAUGUGCCAAGAACACCACUAAAACUCGCUUAUGUCGCGGACUGGGGGACCUUGCGAGCAGCCGCAUCCACAUCUUUCAUCGCAUUGAUGAUGGCGGAAAUGGGCACCAAACCAAGAAUUUAUCGUGAAUUUGCGACGCAACAGAUCAAUUACAUGCUUGGAGACGCUGGAAGAAGCUAUGUGGUUGGUUUAGGAAAAAAUCCGCCACAACGAGCACAUCACAGAGACGGCGCCUGCCCUUUAGACACGAAAUGUGGUUGGGCGAAAUGUUUUACUUCAGACCCCAAUCCAAUUGUACUGACAGGAGGUUUGGUGGGAGGGCCCGACAUAACCGACGCAUUUGACGAUAACAGAGCCAACUACGCACAGACUGAAGUUGCUUUGGAAUACAAUGCUGCCUUUCAGAGUGCUGUAGCAGGUCUAAAACAUCUGGAACUCAUAAAUGAAUUGCCGACAAGAUACUAGAAAUACAUCAAUGUGGGAAGACACAAAUUCUGCGAUUGCAUUAUCAGUCGUCACUCAAUUAUAUAUAUAUAUAUAUAUAUAUAUAUAUAUAUAUAUAUU